GUUAUAAAAAGAAUGGACAUUGAAUUUAUUGGAUUAUUUAUUAUCUAUAAACUAUGAAUUAGAAUUACAGGGAUGCGGAAAAAAUAAAAAAUUAUUUAAAUAGAGCUAUCACGAAUUCUUUUUCUCUCAUAAAAAAAAAAUAAAAAUGAAUAAUCAUUCCCAUUGCGAACAUAUUAUAGCAUGUCUUAAAUGCAAUGAAUUAUUAACACUACCAAAUGGAACAAUAUCAGAGACUACUACUAAAGUCACAUAUCCGGGUCAAAAUUGUGUGAAUUUUCUUUAUUGUGGUGAAUCAUAUUUCGCAAAUUUAUUAAGUGUAUUUCAACCAACACGGGACACUUAUCCAAGUUUACCUUCAUUAUUAUCAUUUACUCCAACUAACGAACAUCAAAGAAAAGUUAUUAAUAAUAAAAAUAGGCAUGUUCCAUAUAAUAUUCCCUCAAAUUUUGCACGUAAUGAAAACAAAAAACCUAUUAGUUUUGAUUUAAUUUUUAUUGAAGAUAUUGAUGAUAAAAGACCAAUACCUAAAAAACCUGAAAUAGUAAAACAUUGUUUUGAGAUUGAUUCUAGAGAAGAAAUCAAAAAAUCUGUCGAAAAAAUUUUUUCUAAACUAAAAGAUAAGGACUGGGAAUUUCUUAGGUGUGAAUCAUUUAAACUAAUACCCGCUAAUAUUCCAUGGACUAUUGGAGAAUUAGAAAGAAUAUCGGGUUCUAGGAAAAAGUUAUAUAUAGGUUACAAAAAACGACCCUACUCAUGAGAAAAUUAGUUUUUGAUUUUAUUUUUUUUCACUUUUCAUUUUUACAAAUUUAUUAGAAAUCAUUUAGUAAUAUUUAAUCCUCGUUUGUUAUUUAUUUUUAGUUUAUUAGUUAAAAAACUCGAAAAUUUUCUU